AUGAGCGCACAAGUUGUCGAUAAAGUAGAAUUUGAUAGGUGAAUUUGAACGUACACAACAGCUUUAAUGAACAAAACUUAUACUCUUGAAUAAUGUAAUGGCAUGCUUGCUUUGAGAACAAACUGCACUAAUAGAAAUAUCUUUUACUGUUUUCAUUAAUGGCGCUACAUGGUUGUGAAAACAGUAUGUGACAUGCCAAAAGUAGGGUGUGAGUGUGGGGUGUGGGUGUGGGUGGUGUAGAUAGGUGUGGGUGUAGGUGGGUGUGACUGUGGUUGUGUCUGUGACUUAGCGUACUCUCUACCUCUUCAUCUACACCCACCCCC